AUGAAGAAAAUUGCUGAUAUUCAAGACAACGAUGGGUCUGUUGAAAGCUAUAAAACUGUGGAGAAUUUAGUUACUGAACUGAAAGAGAUGUGGACAAGGGAAGAACAAUACUGGUUUCAGAGAUCGAGAAUUAAGUGGCUCCGAGAGGGUGAUGCUAACACAAAUUUCUUCCACCAAACCACUGUCGAGAGAAAACAAUUCAAUAAAAUCCUUAGCCUCAAAGCUGAAGAUGGGAGCUGGAUUGAAAAAGAAAAGGACAUUGUGAGUAGUUUUGAACAGUUUUAUUCUGAGCUUUUUACUUCUAAUGGUUCUAAGAACUGGGAUCAAGUCCUUUUGCAUGUACCUAAGAAGGUUACUGAUCAGAUGAAUGAGGAUAUGGUGAAGGAAGUUUCUGAUGAGGAAAUUAAGGAAGCUGCCUUUGAGUUAGGAGCGACAAAAGCCCCAGGGCCUGAUGGGCAUAUGCUUCAUGAGGUAAACAAUACUAAUAUUGUUCUCAUCCCCAAAACUAAAAACCCAGAAUCAGUUACCCAAUUUCGCCCUAUUAGCCUUUGCAACUUUGUCUAUAAAAUUAUAUCCAAAGUCCUUACCAACAGACUUAAACCUAUUAUGGAUUUGGUAAUUACUCAAGAACAGGGUGCUUUUGUUGGGGAAAGGCAAAUCCAAGAUAAUAUCCUUAUAGCCUCUGAAACUUUUCAUUUCUUGAAGCUCAAGAAAAAAGGUAGGAAUUAUGAUAUGGGGCUGAAGUUAGACAUGAAUAAGGCCUAUGAUCGAGUAGAGUGGGGCUUUUUGGCAGCAACUUUGGAGAAACUGGGAUUCUGCAGCAAAUGGAUCAAAUGGAUAAUGGAAUGUCUUUCUACUAUCUCUUAUACACUUGUAAUUAAUGGUAAGCCUUCUGGUAGAGUCUUUCCUAGUCGUGGUCUUAGGCAAGGGGACCCUAUUUCCCCUUAUCUGUUUCUCUUUGUUGUUGAUGUUCUUUCUAGAAUGGUCCACUCAGCUGUGUCUGUUGGUGUCCUUAAUGGUAUUAAACUAAGCAGGAACUGUCCUCCACUAACCCAUCUGCUCUUUGCAGAUGACUCUUUGUUCUUCCUUGCAGCUACUAAAGAGAAUUGUGCUGGAAUGGACUGGAUUCUUAAGGCUUAUUGUGAUGCCUCUGGUCAGAUGGUAAACCUGCAGAAAUCCAGCAUUGUGUUUAGUAGCAAUACCCCUGCUGAGGUGAGAAGCCAAAUAGAAGAUGCUCUGCAAAUCCCUGGUGCUGACAACCCAGGCCGCAAGAUCUUGGAAGAGCAUAUGAGGUGGCAAGUUAUCAAUGGCCAGAGUGUUAACCUAUGGAAGGACAGAUGGAUCCCAGAGUGUGGUGCUAUUCAACAACAUCAUGAAAUUUGGAGGGAUAAUCUACCAGUUAAAGUGGCUGAAAUCAUGGAUAAAGAGGAAGGGGUAUGGAAACUGGAGGAGAUUAAAAGUGAGCUACAUCCAAAUAUUAUCAGGAGUAUUGAAAAGCUACCUAUUUGUUAUAGUAAUGAAGCUGAUCGAAUGGUCUGGCCACAUAAUAAAGAUGGUUCAUAUACUGUAAGAUCAGGCUACUUUGCCAUAAAAGAGUCAUGUCCCCUGACCUCAGCUAGUACCUCUUCUUCUCAUCAGGCCAGAUGUGCUGCUUGUUUUGAGAAAAAAGGUCUGAUUGUGGAGACAGUUAUUUUCUUGGCUGAAAGGGCAGCAUUAGAGCUAAUGAAUGCAAAAGAAUACAGGGAUGCACUAGUAAAAUGCAGAAAGAAAGUUGUGUCUGCAACACAUUGGGAACCACCUGAAGAUGGUAGGCUGAAGCUAAAUUGUGAUGGUGCUUAUGAAGAAUCUACGGGUAUGGCAGCUAUAGGAGUUGUUCUAAGGGAUGAACAUGGGAUCAUAAGAGGUGGUGUAGCUAAGCAGAUGUCUGUGUCAUCCAGCAUUGAGGCAGAAGCUCUGGCAGUAAAAGAGCCUGGAGAAGAACCUUGCCCUAUUGAUCCAUGGAUUGUGGUACCUGAUAGAAUCAAGAUGUAUCUACUGGGGAGCUCCCCAGAAAAAUGUUACUCCCUGUGGACCGGGGACUUUGGUUCAAACAAUUGUACCUCCAUAAAGGAGCAGUUGCAGUUAGAGCCUUAUAUCAGGAUGGUUGGAAUGGAAGAGACAAAUGAAGCCAAUUCUCGAGGCCUGCCACUUCCACACAAGAAGAGGUGGUUGAAGAAUUUAAGAAAUUUGCCUCAAAUCAAGAUACAUAUCAAGCCAUAUGCUCCAAGAUUGCUCCCUCUAUAUUUGGUCAUGCAUGAUGAUGUCAAGAAGGCUGUUGCUUGUCUUCUCUUUGGAGGAGCCAGGAAGCUGUUUGGAAAGGGCUCUUCAGCUGCUGGUCUUACAGCAUCAAUUAUUCGAGAUAGCAGCUCACGAGAAUUUCAUAUGGUUUUGGCAGAUGGAGGUGUAGUAUGUAUUGGUGAAUUUGAUAAGAUGAGACCUGAGGAUAGGGUUGCUAUUCAUGAAGCUAUGGAGCAACAGACAAUAUAUAUUGCCAAAGCAGGAAUAACAACUGUUCCCAAUUCCAGAACUUGGGUGCUUGCCGCUGCUAACCCUCCUUCAGGGCAUUAUGAUGAUCUAAAGACAGCACAGGACAAUAUCGAUUUGCAGACCACGAUUCUUUCAUGA